CUCUAUUUCUCCUUGGCAUCAACAUAAGCUUUCUGGAGCACACGCAGCUUUCCCUCCUCUCUCCCAAAUCACAACUCAAACCAAUCCCUUUCCCUUCACAAAAAGGAACCCCCCACCCCGAUAGUUUUUUUUAGCAACUAUCCCGAACAACUCAAACGCCCCAAAAGGUCCUUCUUUCUCGACGAAAGAGGAGACCAAGCACUCAGUUCAACGCGCUGGAUCAUCACUCCAGCCAUCCGCAAGCAACUGUGUCUUCCCAGUCGGCGCCAUUCAUUCCUCGCGCGUUCUGCCGCCCCUCCAUGGGAUGGUGGAGCCACUCCCUGGAAUCCGACCCUCCAGUCGCAGUCGCAGUCGCGGCCGCGGCCUCCUCCGUCUCGGCCGUCUUGUCGUACCCCGCCGUUUCCGCCACACCUUGAAUAGUAUCGGCACGCUCGGAUGGCAUGCAAUCUACUUUUCGGCCAUGUGUCUGGUCGCCUCGUUCAUCUUCUACGGCGUGGGACGUAACGUCGAAAGCAAGCUGGGAGACGCCGACGGCAUCGGCGAGAGGAUGUCGUAUCUCGAUGCCCUGUUCCUAGGCGUUACUAGCGCUACGGGUGCGGGUUUGGGGAAUGUGGUGCUUUCAAGACUGGAUACAUUGCAGCAGUUUGUGGCGUUUUUGUUGAUCCUUGCGGGCUCGCAGGUGUGGGUUGCGGCGUGCGUGGUCAACAUCCAGCGCGCGUUCCUUGCUCGAAAGAUUCUGGACCGGUGCCGUGAGGAAGAGAAGAAGAAACGACAGAGGCUGCUGCUGGCGGAACAGGCGCAGGCGGCGGCGGGAAACGCCGAGGGAGGUGAGGGCUUGGAGAAACUGGUCGUGCUAGCUGCGCUACAGGACCAUUCUUCGCCUCCCGUCGAACAUGUUUCUCAUGGCGAUGACGAGGGCAUCGAUGAACACGGCAAUGCACAUCCAUUGGGUCUCUUGAAACCUGGCAAGGUAUUGCAUUCGCAGUGUACAACGGCUGCCACGUCGAGGAAUUGCAGCUCCGAUAAUCUGGCUUUGGUCUUCAGCAAGGAAAACCAACUGGAAUUGAUUUCCACCGCUGUUGGUCUCGACAGUGCUUGUUCCCUGAAAGAAGACCAGGAACGUCUCGCGGCUCUCACUCUACUCUCUUGGAUGGUUCCUGUCUAUCUGGUCGUUUUCCAGGUCGUGGGCACGAUUUGCUUGGGAAUCUGGAUGUCCCGCUGGGGUAAAGACAUCGUCGCUGUCAACGCACUCAACUCCUGGUGGUGGGCUGCAUUCAAUGCGAUCUCUGCCUUCAACAACUCGGGAAUGUCACUUCUGGAUGCUGGAAUGGUGCCAUUUGCGAACCGUGGCAGUUUCGUAGUUGUUGUACAAUGUGCACUGAUUCUCGCCGGAAAUUCCGCGUUCCCGGUCAUCUUGAAGGGUCUACUAUUGCUUCUUCGUUUGUGCGGCUACAAGAACAAGGGACUACUCCUCUUACUGGAUGGGAGUCGCUGUCGAAAGGUAUUUCCGUACCUUUUCCCGCCGCGGGAGACAAAGUGGUUGAUCGCAAUGCUCAUCAUCCUCAACGGAAUCGAUGUCGCCGCCUUCCAGAUCGCCGCCCCGUCCUCCAACGACUCCGCGCUGCGAGCGCUAUCCAACUCGCAGCGGUUCCUGGCAGGUCUAUUCCAAGCGCUCUCCGUCCGCUCCGGCGGCUUCGCCAUCGUCUCCAUCCGCGAUCUGCACAUGGGCGUACAGAUGGCGUACACAGUAAUGCUCUACACGUCCGCCUUCCCCCUAGCCCUCCCGGGGAUCCCGCACCGCUUCCACGCCUCACCGCACCACGCACCCUCUCUCCCAGAAUCAGCAUGGUCCUUCGUCCUCCGUCAACUCCGCGGCCUCAUGCGCGCCGGCGACCUGCGCUACCUCGUCGCGGCGGUCUGGUUCAUCUGCGUGGUCGAGUCUCCGGGCGCCGCAGGCGCAUUCCCGAUCCUGUUUGAGGUCGCGAGUGCCUUUGGAUGCGUAGGCGUUAGCUUUGGAGCGCAGAAGGAUGGGCGCCUCGCCCUCGUUGGCGAUUGGGGCGGUGCGAGUAAAAUGGCGCUCGCUGCGGUUAUGCUCUGGGGUAGGACUAGGGAGGUUAGGAGGGGGGUGUUGAAGGGAUGGGGCAGGGGCAGGGGGAGGGGGGAUACGUGUGGACUGGUGGGGGGGAAGGAUGUGAGUGUUUAG